UUCUAGAUGUCAGCACUGCGCCGUGCAAUAUACAUCACGCUCAUUUUUACUAGUAGUGCUACCUGUAUUAUUGAGGAUUUUGACAGAGUAUACAUCAUUAGUUAUGGAAUAUUUUCUAGAAGAAUUAAAGUAUGGAUGAAUGCAAAAUACAUAGUGAGGGUGAAGAAGGAGAAAUUAUAUCAGACUUUGAAGAGGACUUUACAGAAGAGUUAUCUAAUUAUCCUCGUAUUUCACAAUUUAUACAAAAACUGUGUGAUCAUAUCAAGAGGCAACGGAAGAAAAUUAAUAAACUACGAAAUAAACUUGCCGAGCAGAAACACCAAAACUUGCUUCGUGAGAAAACUUAUGUAGACUGUGGAACUCAGACAGAUCCUCUAAAUUUUGAUAAGUCUUUAUCACAAGAUUGGGAUGUUAGUAAUGAUGAUAAAUCACAUAGUAUAGUAGAUCAAGUAAAACAAGUAGCAGAAUCAGCUUUAUUACAAACUGGUUUUGUAUACGAAGAAACAUCUGGAAUGUAUUAUGAUUAUAACACUGGAUAUUAUUAUGACACGCGACAAGGCCUGUAUUAUGAUGGAAAUACUGGAACAUAUUAUUACUAUGAUGAAGCUAGUAAGACGUAUCAAUUCCACAGUCAAGUCCAAAUUUGCACAAAUGAAGCUACCAAUAUUCACCUUCCUGCCACGCAAAAAAAGGAACGGGAAUCUGGGAAAGUAGAUAAGGUUUCAGAUGAGAUAGAUGAAUUAAUAAAGGACUUCUCAAAUAUAACAGAUAACGUGAAAAAACGAAAACACGAAGAAAAUUCGGCAGAACCCGAGGAUGGUGAAUGCUCUGAGAGCGAAAAUGAUGAUACAUCCGAAGAAAUUACUCCUGACCUAUCUACUAAUAGUGAAAGCGACCGCGAUGAAGAACAAGAUUUAGCGAAAAGUUAUCCGCCAUGCAUAAGGAUUAUUGUCAAAGAAACCAACUUGAUGAAAUUAAAAGUGGGUUGCCUUUUUCUCAUACCAUAUACAGGAGGUUCAUUAGGUAGAGAAGGAGAUCAUUCAGUAUUGAUACCGGAUGUAAAUAUCAGCAAGUAUCACGCACGUUUUAUGUACGACGAGACUAAAAAACAAUACCAAAUAAUAGAUUCUGGCUCAAGAAAUGGCACAUUUUUGAAUGGCAAGAGAUUGUCGGUAGCUAAGCAGGAAUCGGAACCUUAUGAGAUAACGCAUGGUUCGAUCAUCAAGAUCAGCGAGACCAAAUUACUAUGCCAUAUUCAUAACGGAAAUGAGACAUGUGGUCAUUGCGAGCCAGGUCUUGUCCAACAGAGCACCAGUUCCAAUGAGAACAAAACUUCGAAGAAAAAACUGCACAAGAAAGAGUUACGGCGUCUGAAGCACAAAUUCGGAGUCGAAAAGGAUAAUGUUACAUCCAGUAGUCAAUUAGCUUCAGGCUAUCAGGAUAGAGCGCAAGCCAGAAGACAACAUGUAGGUUCCUCGAGUCACCAUGCUAAGACACAACAGAGUUCUCUCGACUGGUCGAUAUCAAAGGAUAACAAAGGAUUCCAAAUACUUACGAAAAUGGGUUGGUCGGAAGGUCAUCCCUUGGGUAAAGAUGGAGACGGAAUAAAGGAUCCCAUACCUAUCAAUUACAAUCAGAACAGAGGUGGCCUCGGAUCGAGCGAGACGGACUUUCCCAGCAUCGAGUUGGACGCCAACGUGGAGAAGAAGCAAGCUUUAUGGCGGAAAACACAAAAACGUUUCAAAGAAAUAGACGACUGAAACUCAUCGACGAGAUCUCAUAUUACCUCGAAUUACAUCGGACAAUCUCAGAGCUCAAUAGUGACUCUACAAUUUACAAAUAUAUGGUAAUAUAUGUGUAAUGAUAUGAUAUAUGUGUAUUUAUGUGGAAUUGUGAUGUAUUUUGUACGUAUGUACAUAUGGAAGAAUCAUGUUUCAAUUAUGAACAAGAUUUAUAUUAUAUUGAGAAUAUUGCGCAAUAUCGAGGAAUAAAUGUCGGCCAAAGUUUUCAAAUACGUGUAUACUUCGAUAAUGCCUCAGAAGAUAUCAUCAUAGACAAGUGAUUGUCAACUUAUAUAGAUAUUCUUCCAUUAUAUUUAUAUGUCUAAUUAACUUAAUGUCUUUAUAAUUCUUUAUCUAAUAAAGAAUAUUGUGGCAGCGAAUAAAAAAGUGAAAGAAGUAGAAACC